AAAAUAUAGAGGAAGAGAAUAAGAGAAGGAAAUAAGAAAUAAGAAGAAAUGAAAUAGUUAUAUGAAAGUGAGAUGAAUUCAAUUGAAUCAAGUAAAAUAUUUGAAAAAUAAUAAUAGGGUGUAAUAACUAAGAAAAAGUUAAAACUAGAGUAAAGAUUGAAACAGAGUUUAUAGAAUAUAGAGGUAGAAGAUGAAAAAAGGAGGAUGAAGAAGAUUAAAAAGAAUAAAUAAAAUAUUAAGAAGAUAAUAUAAUUUCUUUGAUAAAAUUAAUAACAAUAAUAAAUAGAUUUAUAAAAACUUUAAGAAAUUCGGGGUUCAGAUUGAGAGAUUUUAAAUAAGUAAAUUAUUUAUUUAUUAUACAUUUAGACAAUAGGAAAAAAUUAGAAUAAUUGA